UGUAAUUAUAUUUCUUUGCGACUCCCUACUAUAUAAACUAGAUUCUGUGAAAUGUUGCAAACUAGUCUAGUAGAUCUUAUGAAUUAGUCCAAAGUAAUAGUGGUCAGUUUACGGUUUUCAAAUAUGAAAAUUCUGGUAUUUAUAUUGUUGUCUCUGGCCCUAGCUUCUGCGCAAUACUACAGACCAGAAAAUUAUGGCCGGAAUCCUAAUGCCAGAAUUAUAAGCCAAACCCAACAAGGACCCAAUACAGAUGGAUCAUAUAAAUGGAGUUACGCAACUGACAAUGGAAUUACAGCAGAAGAAGAAGGCCGUCUUAAAGGCCGAGGAAGCCAGCAAGAAGCAAUGGAAGCAAGAGGAGGCUUUAGUUACACAGCUCCAGACAAUACCGUGAUCUCAUUGACAUACACUGCAGAUGAGAAUGGAUUCCAAGCUUACGGACCACAUCUGCCAACACCUCCACCAAUACCUGUUGCUAUCCAAAGGGCAUUAGACUGGAUUAGGGCAAAUCCGGAUCCAAGAUAUCAACCAGAUAGUCGCUAUGAUGGCCGCUACUGAUUUACCCUUUCAACAUAAAUAAUUUGUUUGUUAAUUUCUACGACGAAAAUCUAAAAACGUAAAAUGUUUACCGAAAGAUUAACAGAUGUUACUGAUUUUUUAAUAAAAAAAGCUAUAUAACUGAAAAAACAAA